AUGGACUGGGGAAACCAAACAGCCAUCAAAGAAUUCAUCCUCCUGGGAUUCGGGGAUCUCCCUGACAUGCAAAUUCUUCUCUUCCUGCUGUUCCUAGUGAUCUACAUCACAACAGUGGUUGGGAACAGCCUUAUAAUUGUGCUAGUUGUGGUUGAUCAGCACCUGCACACCCCCAUGUAUUUCUUCCUAGGGAAUUUGUCCUGCCUGGAGAUCUGCUACACCUCCACCAUCCUGCCCAGGAUCCUGGUCAGUCUCCUGACUGGGGACAAAAGCAUCUCAGUCAAUGGCUGCAUCACACAACUGUAUUUCUUUGCAGUUCUGGCAGCUACAGAAUGCUACCUGCUAGCAGUGAUGUCUUAUGAUCGGUAUUUAGCAAUAUGUAAACCCCUGCACUAUUCAACUCUUAUGAAUACCAGGUUUUGUCUCCAGUUGGCUGCUGGCACAUGGUUAAAUGGUUUUUUGGCUAUUACCAUCUUUAUUUUAUUCAUGUCACAGUUCAUAUUCUGUGGCCCAAAUGAAAUUGACCAUUUCUUUUGUGAUCCCAUAUCACUGAUAAAACUCUCCUGUGGAGACACAGGCCUGAUCAUAUUGUUGGAUUUCAUAUUAGCCUGUGUAUUCACCUUGCCUCCAUUUCUUCUAACCCUGAUGUCCUACAUGUGUAUCCUCACCAUCAUCCUGAGAAUCUCUUCCACCACCGGAAGGCCAAAUGCAAACAGCUGGACUCCAGCAGUGACCUCUGAACACUUCACCAGGAACAGCUUCAUAGCUCGUACCUGCGCUAUACCUGGCUGCGAACAGCUCUGGCAAAGCACCAGCACCAGGCUCACUGGACUCAUGGGAAAUGAGGCACAUGGUGAGAGGAAGUGGCUAUCACCUAGCAAUGGGCAGAACACCUGUGAUGCUAAACACAGCAGUGCUGUGUCAGUCACGGAGUAUGUCACUGACAUUCACAAACUGGAUCAGCUGCAGCAUCGGAUCUUGGUGGACCAUCCUCAUCAGCCUCCGAAGGAGGACGGGCUCGAUCGCAAGAGUGUACCGCUGGCCCAAGAGUGGGCACCCUUGCCAUACUCCCCGCCCUAA